AUGAGACCUCCAGUGACGUCACUUGUGAUUCAAACGUGGAAGGAUCAAGGUAGGCCGAAGCCGUGGAAGCAGACCAGUAGGCGUUCAAGCUCGCCGGACUCGACAGACUCAGACGGUGCUGCCUCGGAUGAACGCGAACGGGACCAUGUUGCUCUUCCGUCUAGGGCGGAACAAAACGUGUUUCAAAACUCAGUCGAUGCUUCUGACCCAGGGUUGAAGAGCAGUAGUACGACGCUGCUUGGUAGGGAGCCUUCGCGCUCUGGGGUCCUGGUCCGUGGCGACCUCAGAGCGCUCCGUUAUGGAGCGCACCAGGUAAUGGCUCCGAGCCUGGUGCGUUCCUAUUCCGUGGAUAGUGGUCUGAGUCUGUCCGUUCAGGCCAAACAUGCCAAUAUCCAAUUUUUGCGGCACCACAUGAGGAACUCUUUACAUCGAGAUGGAUGCCUUCACGAGAGAAUCCCGCAUUUCUAUUCCUCGAGUAAUAUUCACAAAUCGCGUUUGAAUGGAUUUUCGCAUCCGCCCGUGUAUCCAAAACAGCCUCCAAACCAUCGCGUACAGCUGCAUGGCGGCUGUGGACUUGAUCCAAGAGCGCCGGAGCGGCUAUCUCGUUCGAUGUCGCAUAUGGAGGGACUCGUGAUCACGGAUUUGGUUUCCUCCUCAAUGCCGCGCUCGCGCUCCAUGGAUUCCGAGUUAACGGUGAACGGAAUGAGCUCAUCUGUGAGGCACGUGGAACUUACGAGUUCGGCAGACCAGCACGUUGCCGCUGCGGAUCGCGCAGCCUCUCCGGGCAUUGUCUGUCGAACUCUUACAGUGCGUCGGUCUCUAAGCAUGGACGAGGGACUCGUAGCUGCGCUCAAAGACUUUGACCGCCGCGUGUGCCUGAAUCGGCAGGUCAUGAAGAAAAAGAGAAUGAAUUGUCUAGAUUCCAUUGCGGAGAGCCCAGUGUCUCCAGGCACCGAAGAACAGAAAAAAGUAGCUGUCGUAGAUGCAUCAUAG